CAUGUCAGACGACCUCCUCUCUCAUCACCACCUAAUCUCCUACCCCAGCUUCAUCCCGCUCUCCAACAACCCAACAUGGUACACUACACAGCUGCCGAAGAAUCGUUCGAAGAACCGCACGUAUCUAUUCCUGCCGACACCGACCUCCGUGUCGUCCUUCAAACCCCGUAUUCCGAAAUUCCUUGCGAUAAAUCCGAACUGGAGCAUCUACUCCUUCGAUAGGAGUAUAUUGGAGUUGUACACCAAGGCGACGCGUACGUCGCAGCUGUACGAGAUGCGCAUGGGUGGCGGUGGCCAACAUGGAGGUUAUGCGGGCGGGGAGAGCGGUAUUGGGAGGGUUGUUGAAGAUGGGGAGUGGUUUCGGCAGACGUAUAAGGAUGAAGCGACGCUAGUUGAUGAGGAGGAUGUGCUUAGUGUUGUGGACCCUAGUGGUGUGCGGCUGGCGUUCGCCACAUGCUUGGGUGAUGCGGGGAGGCUGCUGGUUACUAAGGUUGAGGUUGCGGAGGGGGUUAAGCAGAGCGUGCGAGGGGUCGAGGUUAUCAGGAAGUUGUUGGGCACCGUUGUGGAUAUUGCCGAACGGGGAGGAUUGAGGGCUUGGAUCAAUAUUCCCGUUGAGGAUGCCAUUGUUGUUGGGGCGCUUUUCGAGAUGGGGUUUGUCGUUAACCGGACGCUUUGGCUUGUUGAAAGCGAUGCGGAGGUUGUGGAUGAAAGUGGAGUUGAGGAUAUCGUUGUUGGGAGCGGAAGGGUGAGGAGCACCACAGAGAAGAAAAAUAAAGUUGAGGUUUGGAAGUUGCCGGAUUGGGAAGGGGGCAUGAGCGGGUGGAAAGAGCAGUGGUCCGCUGCCUUGGACAGAAUCAUGGCAGGGGGAGCAUAGACAUGCGCGGUCACUCGUACCAUAAUGGCUUUGGAUUAAUUUUAAAUUAAAUAGAUUAUAGACAUUCCAGCUGUCCCUGA